AUGAACACCCCUUCGCCUUCUCACGAUUACUUCCAACAACAGCCUAACAACAACAACAACAACAACAACUCGUUUGUGCAGUCUCUGCAAUCGUCUGAUAACAAGACUUUCAUUGAUGCCAUCACUGACGAGAUUAAUAGACGCGGCAUCCGUCUUUUUCAAGACCGUGAAGACCAUUUAUUACGUCUUGGUUUUGAGAUGGACGUCAUUAGUCAAAAUGGCCAGCCAUCAGUUAUGGUUGCUGAUCAUGCCAUCCAACUGGAUGAGGGUUUUGUGUUUCCUGAGGAGAUCCCAGUUUCUCCUUCCAGCGUUCUGGAAGAACCUUUGGCUCCUGGCUCACCUGAGCUAACCCCUACCAGUCCUGGUGCCAUUCCUUCUGUUGGGCCCUCUUCUGGGCAAGUUCGCCGCCGCUCUUCCCCUUCAGACAGGUCUGAAGGCACAGCUGCCAAAAGACAGAAGCUGUUUGAUCCUGCAGCUUAUGUCAACGGCCUGUUUGAAGGGGUUGACAUCUCUAAUUCAAUUGGAAUGACUAUCAAGUCAUUCCAUAUGCAACGUUUGUCUCCUGCGUCCCUGGUGUGUCCUUUGCCUCCUAUCUCUUUGGAACAAGGGUUGGCAUUCUUCCAAAAUGAUGGCGUUAAGACCAUGUUCCUAGGCCGCCGAAAAUUUAAGCUUAUGGAACAUGUCUUUUACAUCAACGUCUUCAUUAUUGGAAGAAUGCUUGUACGAGAACGCCAAGUAAACUCGUACAAGCACUUUCUCCAGCAUUUGAUUUCUGAUCCUGCCAUCUGGCCUGCUGGGGAAAGUGCCAACCUGAAGUACUUGGUCCAAAAGCUAAAAGGAGCCAAUAGAUUGUUGCACUUGGUUAAGGAAGUAGGAAGGCCAAUGAUCCUACUUCCUAACGAAGUCAACAUCAUUGAGCUGAUCAAUAUGCCGACGCCAUCUUUCAUGCUCCUUGUCCAAGAGCUCAAGACAAGGCGCAUUUUCCGUCUGCUGCACCCCCAAGUAGCUGAAUCCUUAGGGGAAGUCCAGGGCUUCUUAUCAUCAUUAGAAGCCCUGGCAGAUUUCAUUGACCAGAGCUUUUUAUAAGCUCUUGUUCAUCCAUCCUCUCCUUUCUUUUUGCUUUUCCUUGUCCUCUCCUUUCUUAUUCCUUCCUUAUGUUUGCUCACCCUUUUCAUUCUUUCAUCAUGCUGCAUUGAUCCCUUUGUUUACCUUCAUAUUGCUCCAUUCCUUUUCUUAUCAUAUCAUAAAAACCGCCUAUGCCUGCC